GCAGCCAGCCCGUUGCCGAAAAAGGCAUCAGCAACCAUCCGGCUAAGAAGGCGAAGACAUGUUUUAAAUGACUCUUCAACUAGUGUCACCAUACAUGAAGUGAGAAAAGAAAUCAGCAAACAGUUUGAACAGCUUAUGCCCACCAAGUACUGUAAGUCAAGUGAGAAGGUAUGUCCCACAGGUCCCCCCGGAUAUCCUGGUCCCAUUGGAGCCAGGGGACCACGUGGCAGGAGGGGACCAAAGGGAAUUAAAGGUCCUCAAGGUCCCAUGGGACCCCCUGGAAAAUCCGGAAAAACAGGAAUAACUGGUCCUGCAGGCCCGAGAGGAGAAAAGGGGAGCAAUGGAGAGCCUGGGCCAAAAGGCAUGCCAGGACCACCUGGAAGGCCUGGAAAAUCGAUAUCUGCUCCACAAGUGAUCUUGUCACCAGCAGAGCAGACACGAGAUGAGGGAGGAAAUACGGCAUUUUAUUGCACGGUUGUAGGAAACCCUUCCCCAGUCGUGGAAUGGCAAUUUAAGGGCAGAAAGCUUCUGUCAGGUGCAAAGUAUCUGAUUAAAGAAGGAGAGUUGAUCGUUAGAAAUCUGAAUUACAGCGAUGCUGGACCGUACACAUGUGCUGCCAGGAACAUUCUUGGAUCGUCUGACGCUUCUGGCAACUUGACUGUUCGAGGUAAGAGGAGCAUUUAACUUAGAGUUUUGUUAUAUCUGGCUGCUUGAUUUUGUAGGCUUCUCGGGCGGCGUUUGUGCUCAGAGAAUGCGAGAAUACGAGGUUUGAAUAAAAAAUUGCACCUUUGUUUAAUCAUGUACUUUUAUCUCUUCCUUCAUUUUUUCAGCAGUGUAUAACGCCAAACUUAAAAUUUACUCACUCAUACCUUAAGCUGAUGAUCAAGGACUAUAGAUUUUGCUCAUUGGUAUUAGGCUAGUAGUCACGAGUGUAGUUCAACUUUUAAUCUAGGCCAUACAAACAUAAAGACAUUAAAUAAUGUUAAAGAUAAUGACACAUGACGGCAAUAUUUGGACCUUACAUGAACGCGAGGGCACACAGCACCAUCCUUCUCCUUCUCCCUUUUUAGCUUAGACCACCCGGGGAGGUUACUUGAGUUAAUUUUUUCUGGAUAUGUGCCGCUGGCCUCUCAAAACGCCUACCACAUUAUAUUCUAUGCAUGCUGGUUGAUCAUGGAUUGGCUCUAUUUCAGGUCCUCCAGUCUUCACAAAAGUUCCACCUUCACUUGCCACACCAGUUCAAGGCACUACGUUUCAAGUAUCAUGUCAAGCUGACGGAUAUCCUCUCCCCGCGGUAACCUGGACUAGAGCAGCAAUGCCUUUACCUGCUGGAAAGACUACCAUAAACCAAGGCACACUUACCAUUAACAACUUGAGUCCUGCUGACAACGGUUUUUACGACUGCGUAGCUACAAACAUUAUGGGAACAAAGAAGAAAAGAAUCAACCUAGCAGUACAAGUGCGUUCAGGUUUGUAUUCAAGGCACCGUCUCACUCUGUAUAUAGCUGAUACAAUAAAAGGUUGCUUUGGUAAUUGGGCACUGGGCAUUUGGGCGUACGGAACUCACUGCAAUGAAUUGCUUGAGCGUCCACCAAACAAAAGCUUCCCAGUGCGCAAUUAUACAAUGCCCAAAGCAAGAGUCAGGUACCCUUAGAUUAAACGUUCAUUUUAGUAGUGCAAAUCUUCUUAUCCAGCUUGCGAUCUUGGUUAAACACCAGAUAAGAGUGUUCAUUAGGAAGGACAGUUUUUCGAAAGUCUAACUUUGUCACCUCGAGAACUAUACGGCUAUACCGAAAUAUAUCGCAGGGUGAUCUAUUCGAAUACUGCUUUUUUUUAAAUUUUUGUUUUUGUUGUUUCUUUGUUUGUUUGUUUACUUUUCAGGCAUUCAAAAGCCAUCUAAUCACUGCUAAAGCCAGAAGAGAGCUACUAUCAUUGCGACUGUAUGUUGCGCUUACAGAAAUUUGCGACUUAAGACAAUUAUGCGUGUUCACUAUUAAGAGUUUCAAUGAUCUUAAAUGUUUAACCUUCCUUAAUAUCGCGCAAAUCACGUACAUGCAUGCAUAAAUGCUUUCUUUGGUCACUUGCAAUGCUACUCUUUUUCUCAAUAGAUUCAGUUGUUUUAACAUUUUAAAAACUUUUUACCUUGUCAUUUUAUGGACUUUGACUUUUAAUACGUAGAUUUUGAAAGCUCAGUCAUUGUGGGAAACAACAGAAAUCACUUGACCUUGUUAAGAAACUGGCUAGCACCUGUGGCAAAAAGCGUGAAUUCUCUCUGGAAGCGCUGUUGGCAUGCAUCCGUGGACGGCUGGGCUGCAAGUACAUUUCACUCACGAUGUGACAGCAAGGGUCCGACUGUGACAAUAAUAAGGGUCGGGAGAUAUAUUUUCGGAGGAUACACAAGUAUUUCAUGGGGUAAGCAAGCAUUGUAAGCCAUGGCAGUGGCAUUUAUAGCUUUGGCGUAAUCAGUUGGCAUUGAUAUGUUCAGCUAAAAGUGGAGCUUGGUACUUAGCAAUAUGGAGUCAUGUAACUAUACCUUUCAUACAUGGCUACGUAGUGGCCAACAAAGGUUCUAGGUUAUUAGCUCUAGAUGUGGGCCCAUAUCCCCUCGUUCCUCAAGGGGCGAGGACCGCCCCUCCUACACUCACAUGGUGUGAAUGAACGCCCCACCCCUUUUAUAGAGUUCUGGUUCUGCAGACGGUAAGUGAUGCAUUUCUAGCUUGUCAAAACGUGCCCAAAUUCCAGGCUAAUACUAUAAUAAUAAUAAUUUUGAGGUUCUAAUUGAGGACCCCCCCUCCUACAAUCACAUGGUGUGAAUGAGCGCCACCCCCCACCCUUCUUCUCAAGUUCUGGUUUUGCAGAUGAUAAGUGAUGCAUUUCAUUUUGAGGUUAUAAAAUAUGAAUAUUGUUCUGUCUUUCUUGCCACCCUGCUAUCUUCCAUCCCUCAGUUCCCGUAUUGCAAAAGUAGCGACUAACGAACUUCACCACAGGUUUUUGGUGAAAUUCGUUAGUAAAUUUUGCCAAAGAAAAAACACGCUCUUUUGACAUGUCCACGUAAGUGAUACAGACGAAGGUUCAUUUAACCGAUCAAACUUUCGUAAUUUAGCCUUAGCGAAAUGUCGCGAAGAGGAUUCUUCUCUUCGGAUUCGAACGAACUUAAUAGACUGAAAUGGGUGACAGAAUACAUAUUGUUUUAUACCUUUUCAAGGAUAAAGGCUCCUAAAACUCUUUAUUGUCUGUUUACUUUAUUGUCUUCUUAAUACAGUACCCUUAAAAACGAACGAAGUAUUAAUUUACCAAUAAAAGUGUAUUGCGACAUGCACCAGUUCAUGUAGAAAAGAAGCAUCUAGCUUCGGCAAGUGACAAAAAAGACAAACACAGAUAAAUUUGGAGAUUUGCUCCAUAAAGUUAUAAGAGAACAUAUAUUAUUAAUUACUAAUUUUUCCCCCGAUCUGUUGCUUGUAAUUGCAAAUCUUUUAAAAUUAACAUCUCCCACAGGCCGACACCUCAGCUUCGGUAAGCUUGCACCCACAUAAAACUCUCUCCUGAGCGGACGAAUCACGCUUGCCAUGAGUAUAGCUGUAUCUUUUACCAAAAUACCUGCACGUAAAUAAUAAUGCAAUAAUAUAGUAUGCAUACUAAUAAUAAUGAUGAUGAUGAUGAUAAUAAUAAUAAUGAUAAUAAUAAUAAUAUAAUAAUAAUAAUCAUAAUAAUAAUGUUGAUAAUGAUAAUGAUAGUAAUAAAGAAGAUAUAGAAACUGAUUUCGUUUUUGAUAAAUGACGAACGUUGCUGAGAAACUCUAUCGAAUUUGUUUUAUGAGAAUAAGGUAUUUACUAUUUUUAAUUAGUAAUAAUAAUAAUCAUCGUCAUCAUUAUGACAGGCAUAAGGACAAUGUCGCUAACUUAUCUUAGAAAAGUUUUGUUUCAUUUCUUUUAGCUUCUAGUUCUAGCUGGUGUCAAUACGACUCAAAAGCCUUCUUAUUUUCGCUGGUAAACAAGCCAGGAUGGGCGCCUGUCAAAUUGUCUCAGUCAGGGCAAUAUAGUUCUGGCAAAUGUUCCACAUACUUUUACUCAUCCUAUGGGCCUACAUUCGGAGGAGGACAUGACAUUUACGUCAACAAUAACGCGUCAUCUAAUAGCAAUUAUAACAACCUUGGCCACACUUACAGCCCACCAAGCGGAUACAGCUACCGCAGCACCUUCGCACGAACAUUCCUGGCAGGAACAUACCAGUUCACACCAGACGAAGUUGAAACCUUUUACGAAACAACCUAA